AUGGCGCCAACUGUUGAGGAACCCGUGAAGCGCGGCCGCGGAAGACCCCCCAAAGCCGAUGGCCAGAAGAAGACGCCCUACGUCCCCACGGGACGUCCUCGUGGACGCCCAAAAGGCAGUGGAGGCGUGAAGAAGGCUGUCGCACCCGCUGCCACGACCGGCACCAAGACACGCGGUAGACCCAAGAAGGCCGACGACGCGACCGCGGCUACCCCCAAGAAGUCUGCCACGCCCAAGAAAGCGACACCAAAAUCUGCCGGCGCUGCUGGUCGCCGUGGCCGUCCUCGCAAGUCUGACGCUGCCACGCCCAAGGCUGAGUCUGCCAAGAAGGGCAAGGCUGCCAAAGAGGAGUCUCCCGCCGACUCCGACUCGGAGGACGGAGAGGAAGCACAGGAAACUAAGGAAGACGCCGCGAUGAAGUCGCCCUCCGACGUCGCGGACUCUGCCGAAGAGGUGCGUCCCUGGCUGCCAUCGAGAAUGAUACGAGGAAUAUUCGGCUGA